GGUCCCAUUGGAAGAGUCGGAAGAAGCGGAGAGGAGAGAGAGGACGAGGAAGAAGGAACAUGUCAGGCGUUAGAAAUGGGCGUUGUUGUUUUGUUGGUGUGCCCACCCUUCACCGUCAUUCUUCUCUACUCUUAAGUCUUUACUUCUCUUCACCACUCUAAUAAUCUACUUCUUAUUCUUAUUAUUGGUAUUGAUAUUCCUUAUUAUUCAUACUCCAUACUCUCUUCUACUCUUUUCAAUUCAAUUGAUGUGGGUCAACGAGAGCUGAGGGUCAAUUUAGGUCUUCCUUCACUUAAUUCAGUUUCAAAUGGGGAGCAGAAGCUACUCCGCCAAUCCCGCCGAUUACAAGCUUCUAGAAGAAGUUGGUUACGGUGCUAGCGCCACCGUCUACCGGGCAAUCUACCUUCCCUACAACGAGGAGGUCGCCGUCAAGUGUCUGGAUCUGGAUCGAUGCAACAGCAAUCUCGACGAUAUAAGGAGGGAGGCGCAGACCAUGAGUCUCAUCGAGCAUCCCAACGUGGUCAGGGCCUUCUGCUCCUUCGUCGUAGACCGCAGUCUGUGGGUGGUCAUGGGAUUCAUGGCGCAGGGCUCCUGCUUGCACCUCAUGAAGGCGGCUUAUCCAGAAGGAUUCGAAGAGGCAGCCAUCGGAUCUAUUCUCAAGGAGACUCUCAAGGCGCUCGAGUACCUCCACCGACAUGGACACAUUCACCGCGAUGUUAAGGCCGGGAAUAUUCUUCUCGAUUCCAACGGUCAGGUCAAGCUCGCCGACUUUGGAGUUUCCGCUUGCAUGUUCGACACGGGCGACCGCCAGCGUUCCAGGAAUACCUUCGUCGGAACUCCCUGCUGGAUGGCGCCGGAGGUGCUGCAGCCUGGAACCGGUUAUAAUUUCAAAGCGGAUAUUUGGUCUUUUGGAAUCACGGCGUUGGAGUUGGCCCAUGGUCACGCACCUUUCUCCAAGUAUCCUCCCAUGAAGGUUCUUUUGAUGACAAUUCAGAAUGCUCCUCCGGGGCUUGAUUAUGAUCGUGACAGAAAGUUCUCCAAGUCUUUUAAGGAAAUGGUUGCUAUGUGCCUGGUAAAAGAUCAAACAAAGAGGCCAUCCGUGGAGAAGUUGCUCAAACACUCCUUCUUCAGACAAGCUAAGCCUCCGGAGCUUUCUGUUAAGAAAUUAUUUGCUGAUUUACCACCUCUGUGGAACCGUGUCAAAUCCCUCCAGCUUAAAGAUGCAGCUCAGCUAGCACUAAAGAAAAUGCCUUCUGCAGAACAAGAAGCUAUAUCUCAAAGUGAAUAUCAUCGGGGAGUUAGUGCGUGGAACUUCGAUAUUGAUGAUUUGAAAGCUCAAGCUGCAUUGAUGCAGGACGAUGAUGAUAUUGCAGAGAUGAGGGAAGAAGAUGAAAACAAAUUCUUCAGCUCUUACAAGGGUAUAAGUGAUUUCCAGUUUUCUAUGGACAAAAAGAAUUCAAAUAACUUGCAACAAGAUGAGUUUGCAGUACAAGUAGGUAGUAACGACAUACCACAGAGUGAGAAGAGAAAUGGAUCAGUGGCUGAAGCAACAUCUUCUACUCUAGAGAAUGAUACCGGAACAAGCAAGAUUAAAUCACAAUCAGUGAAACUUGGUAAAACCCAAAGUGGACCCCUGGUGCCAGGAUCAGUGCUUGGUCAUUCUUUAUCUGAAAAAGGGCGUGCAUUUGAAAGGUUUGAGAAUGAAAAUCAGUUGUCAGGUGAGAAAAGUAAUCGUGAUAUUCGACGAGCUCCAAGCUUUAGUGGUCCAUUAAUGCUUCCAAACCGAGCUUCAGCAAAUAGUUUAUCAGCACCAAUAAAAUCUUCUGGAGGAUUCAGAGAUUCCUUGGAUGAUAAGUCUAAUAAGGCCAAUCUAGUGCAAAUUAAAGGACGGUUUUCAGUGACAUCAGAAAAUUUAGAUCUGGUGAAGGAUAUUCCUGUAAGUUCAGUUUCUCGCCGAUCGUCACAGGGGUCUCCAAUGAGGAAAUCUGCCAGUGUUGGUGAUUGGAUGGUGGAUUACAAACAAAUGCCAAUUGGUCAGUCCUCCAAUGAUUCUGCCAAUAUCAAUAUUCCUGCAUCAUUUCUAGUGCCUCAUCUUCAUAAUCUUUUCCAGCAAACAUCUAUUCAACAGGAUCUUAUAAUGAAUAUGUUGAAUGGCUUGCAAUCCGCAGAGGCAAAUGAUGCUUCUCAGAAUGGAAAGUUGCCACCAUUGCCUCGCAAUUCAGAAAACAAUGGAAGUGUUGAUACAGCAGUUUCAGAGAGGGAACAGGUGCUGCUAGCCAAAAUUUCAGAACUUCAAUCUCGGAUGAUUAAUUUGACUGAUGAACUAACUUAUGAGAAAUUAAGAUACGUGCAGUUACAACAACAGCUAGCUGCUGUCUACAGCCAAGAACAAAAUGGGGAAAGAGAGGAAUAUGCAUGAAGGUUGAUAAUUAUGAUCCUCUUUGAUGAAGUACAUGUAGGUGUACAUGUACAUCCAGGCGAGUGAUCAAUCAUGCUUUGGACUCCCAUUCUCUCUUUACUGAAGGAGAAAUAGUCCUUGGUAAGUGUCAUAUAUAUUUCUGAUCCAGCCUUCCUUGUGUUCAAUAAGCCUUUGUGACUAUCUAAGCCCAGCUAGUGCAAAUGAUAUGUCAUAGUCAAUCUCAUUAUUUAUUUCAUUUAAAAAUUCAGAUGUAAAUAAGCUUCUCUGCUGUAUCCUUCUGCAACGUGCCAUGUUUGCAGAUUAAUCCGGAAUUCUCGUGAUAACUGAUAAGAAAGUUGUGGGGACCACCCCGUGGCAGAAAUAACAUCCCUAUAUAUUGAACUCUUUUUAUUAUUAUCCUUAAUCUAUAUCGGAUUUGAACUUGUA